AUGAAGUCUCUUGGUUUCGCACUACUCGGUUUGCUCUGCUGCUCGGUGCUGGGAUGGGCUGAUGAAACUACGGAUGGUACCACUCCACCAUCAUCAACCACGGAAGAAGGAACGUCGGAUGAUGAGAACUCUUUCAACUACUUCAACUAUAAAGACACCACGUAUGCCUUAAGUCUGGACAAGCGUAAUUGGUUUGAUGCUCAAUGCUACUGCGCUUCUCAUGGUUACACCUUAGCCAACAUUCCGACACCCAAAAUUCAGAUGAGCAUAAUGAAAUUUAUUUAUAGCAUUGACUUUUCUGAUUUGAUUUCACUUGUUCUGGCGCCAAUUUGGACAUCGGGCACAAAUCGGGCAGCAAUCAAGCAAUACACGUGGCAUAGCAGUGGAGCCCGCGUGGGCUAUAGCAAUUUCCGAAGAAAUCCACAAGGAGAGGAAUACGAUUGCAUCGCAAUAAAUGGAAUCACUGGUUACUGGAGCAACGUGAACUGCACAGACUCUCGCUACUUCUUAUGCGAAGUGAAAUGCCCUAAAGUUGAAGCCUAAAGCAGAUGUCUAAUUUUAUGAAUUCUGGCAAUUUUAUAAAGUUCCAUUUUGCAAUCAGAAAUCAAAUUUGUAAGACAUUAAUUUCCAAUAAAGAAGAGUUGUGGAUAAUGUAUAAA